GGUCACAUUAAAUUGUGAUAUCAUGCUAGAUGUCACCUUCAUCAAAAUAGAGAGUUGAUGGAGUGGAGAGAAGGUUUAGCUCUAUGUCACCUUCAUCAAAAUAUACUAGUAUGAAAUAGUAACUGAAUCACUUAUGAAUAACUUAUGGGACGCAUGGAGUAUUACAUUACUUUUCCUAUACAAUACCCACCCGUAUAUAUUUAGUCACAAUUUCACAAUUUAACAAUAAUAAAAUCAUAACUUUUCUGCUUGCCAACAUUUGAAUAUUCAUUUCCUCUUAAUAGUUACAACAAUGUUUCAACUUGAAGUGCUUCUUCCAUAUCUCUUGCCUGUUCUCUCGUUAAUGCUUCCCAUAAUACUAUUCUUAACAAAACCAAACAAGAAACAAAAACCACUUUCUUCAUCUUCAACCAACAACAACACCACCACCAUCCCAAAAUCAUACCCACUUAUCGGCUCUUACUUAUCUUUCAGAAACAACUUACACCGCCUCAUCCAAUGGCUGUCCGACAUCGUCCAAAUCUCCCCCUCCGCCACUUUCCAGCUCGACGGCACCCUAGGUAGUCGCCAAAUCUUCACCGGAAACCCAUCCAUAGUUCAACACAUUCUCAAAAACCAAUUCUCCAAUUACCAAAAAGGCACAUUCUUCACAAAAACCCUCUCCGAUUUCCUAGGAACCGGAAUCUUCAACACCAACGGCCAGAACUGGAAGUUCCAAAGACAAGUCGCAAUCCACGAAUUCAACACGAAAUCAAUCCGUAAUUUUGUCGAACACAUAGUCUACAGGGAACUCACCAACCGUUUAAUCCCGAUCCUCACUUCAUCAACCCAAACAAACAAAAUCCUCGACUUCCAAGACAUUCUCCAACGUUUCACUUUCGACAACAUCUGCAAUCUCGCUUUUGGUUACGAUCCAGAGUAUCUAACACCCUCAACCAACACAUCGAAAUUCGCACAAGCAUACGAAGAUGCAACCAAAAUAAGCAGUAAACGUUUCCGUUUACCGUUACCAAUCAUAUGGAAAAUAAAAAAAUACUUCAACAUAGGUUCGGAGAAGCGUCUCAAAGAAGCAAUAACAGAAGUACGAGGUUUCGCGAAAAAACUAGUAAGAGAAAAGAAACGAGAGUUAGAAGAAAAUUCAUCGCUUGAAACAGAAGACAUGUUAUCACGGUUCUUAAGUUCGGGUCAUUCGGAUGAAGAUUUUGUUGCUGAUAUAGUAAUAAGUUUUAUCUUAGCGGGUAAAGAUUCAACUUCAGCUGCAUUAACGUGGUUUUUCUGGCUACUAUGGAAGAAUCCACGUGUUGAGGAGGAGAUUGUGAAGGAAGUGAAUGAAAAAUCUGAGUCAUUGGUUUAUGAUGAAGUGAAGGAAAUGGUUUAUACUCACGCUGCGUUGAGCGAGAGUAUGAGAUUGUAUCCACCUAUACCGAUGGAUAGUAAGGAGGCGAUAAAAGACGAUGUUUUACCGGAUGGGAGGGUUGUGAAGAAAGGGACAAUUGUGACUUAUCAUGUUUAUGCAAUGGGGAGGAUGAAGAGUUUGUGGGGUGAUGAUUGGGCUGAGUUUAGGCCGGAGAGGUGGUUGGAGAAAGAUGAGGUGAAUGGGAAGUGGGUUUUUGUGGGGAGAGAUUCUUAUUCUUAUCCGGUUUUUCAGGCUGGGCCUAGGAUUUGUUUGGGGAAGGAAAUGGCAUUUAUGCAAAUGAAAAGGAUGGUUGCGGGGAUUGUUGGGAAGUUUAAGGUGGUUCCUGAGGCGCAUUUGGCUGAAGAACCUGGUUUCAUUUCGUUUUUGACUUCGAAGAUGGAAGGUGGGUUUCCUGUCACUAUUCAGAAGAGGGAUUCGUUACAACAUUCACAUUAGUUAGUACUAAUUGGUUGUAAACAAAUAAAGAUAUAAAGUUGAAGUGUUUGUUUGUUUUAAUGUUUAGAUUAUUCUAGAAUCUAGAGGCUUGGAUUUUAG